UCAGAACGCUUUAGAAGACAGUUUAGACUCGUGGUAUUCCCAAAAAUUAAUAAUAAAAAAUUUGAGGUCGAGAAAUGAGUUUUUUAAAAGGUAAGGUCGUUUGAUUGUUUUCAUUUUUCCUCGUGUAAAUAUUGCGGACUAAGGCCCAGUUCAUACGUCGUGCUUCUGCCAUGCCGACUUAAUUUUUGAAUAAGUUUGACAAAAGCACUGUGGAAGCACGACCUAUGAACUGGGCCUAAAUUUCGGCAGAAAAGUGAUCUAAAAUGUAUAACCGGUCUAGAUAACGCCCGUCAAAGGCUUAGUUUGGGAGUAACUGGCUCCAGGUCCGGAAAGUCUGGUUUAAAACGCUGACAUAACGGUGUAAAGUCGAUUUUCUAUGCAACAUUUUGUUUUGAAAAAUUUGCAACUCUCCGCUAAGAAGUAUUUAUUUUCACGUUCAGUGAGCGCUAUUUUUUUUGCAGAUGAAGACAGGCACAGAUUAAAUGCUGGUGGAAGAAUUCUUUUGAAGAAUCAACACGGGGAAAUUAUAACCGCUAAAUACGUCGUCAUUACUGUCCCGCUUACAAUCAUCAAAGAUAGGGAAAUCACUUUUGUUCCAGAACUUCCCGCUGACAAAAACAGAGCCAUAAACACAAUCCAGAUGCUUGGAGCGUGGAAAAUUAUUUGUCAAUUCAAACGCCGGUUUUGGCCCAAGAAAAUUCAUCAAAUUUUCAGUGUACGGGGAUUUACAAGUGAAAUAUGGAUGUGGCCACGGGACUCGGCUGUUAAUGACGACAAGUGUCACGUGGUUGUUGGCUUUGAAACUGCUGAGUCUGCGGAACAGAAAAGUAGCCUCAGUAGUCAACAGGUCUUGGAGGGGUUCUUAAGCUAUUUGGAUGAGAUGUUCGGGUAAGAAAAUUUUGAUACUGUAAGUUCUUAAAAAUUUUAAUGAAAACGCCGAAGUCAUUUCGUGGUAAAAAGAAAACAAAAAGUCAAUGUUUACGAAAAAGAGCGGCCCCAUUCUUCGUGAAGUGAACACUGCUUAUAAUCCCUUGGCAGGUAUAGCAGAGCAAUAUACUCUCCAAAGCAUUACACCACUGAGUCGUGCAGCCCAAUGUAUGCCUAUUAUUGGCGUCUAGUUCACCAAGCUCAACUUCCUCUCAUUAUUUAUUACCUUACUGGAGUUAUUCGACAUCUUAGCAGUAUACAGGACACGUGUCACAAAUGAAACGGCCUAGCUCCUCAUGAGUCUCCCCUUAGCUAAGCGCGCCCCUUUGUUAUUAUUAAUAUGAUUAUCCUCAUUAAACAAAGCAUCUGUAUGGCUUGCUGGUGUCUUCCUUAAACAUCAAGUCACCACCCGUAACCUUAGGUGUCCUACUAAGACUUUGCUAAGGAUUCUGGCUGUACCCAGUAGGAACGCUCUCUGCAAUGAUUCUAAACGACACGUGCAACCAAUCUCUGCUAACCACUUUUCUUUGUCUUUCGAGACGGUUCCUAAUGCACCAAUUAUGACUGGCACCACACUUACUCUACGCAAUUUCCAGAUCCAUUUAAACUCGCGCUUCAGUUUUUGGUAGUUCUCAAUUUCCUCUUUCUCCUUCCCUUUCACUCGGAUGUCAAAUGCACAAGCAACGUCAAUAAUUAGGCACUUCCGUUCUAUCUUAUCCAAUACCACAAUGUCAGGCCUGUUGUGUUCAACCUUGUUGUCAGUCUGUAUUUUGAAGUCCCACAGCAGUUUGUUCAGUACUGGAUUCAUACACUGGUCGUGACUCGUGGUUGUAAUAUUUUUCAUCCCUGUCAUAACCCAACUUUCCACAUAGACCCCAGUGAAUCACCUGCGCCACUUUGUUGUGCCUCCAUCAUCGAUAUUGCUUUUGAGCAAGUUUCUUGCAUUCCGAUACAAUAUCAUUAUUUGUCUCAUCACUUUCUCCGCACAUUCUACACUUUGCAGACACAUUUUACCUGUCAAUUAUCCGCUUUAUACUAUUAGUUCUUAAGCAGGGUGCAAAGAAAGUCAUUUUUACAGCUUGCCAUUCGGGCAAGCUGAAGCUAACAUUUACUAGCCCAAACAUCAUUUCAACUAGCCCCAAAAGCAUUUUGAUGAGCAGAUUGAUUUCACAGUUCUUCUGUAAUUUGAAUUCUUCAAAAAACUUCACUUGCCCGUCGGGCAAGUCAAGAACAGAAUUCACUAGCCCGAUAGCAAAAUCCACUAGCCCCGGGCUAUCGGACACUACUUUCUUUGCACGCUGUUAAGACUUGGUCUUGUGCUGCGAUAAUCAUACCGUCCAUUUCCUUCUUUAGUCUUCCCUUUUUCAGCCACUCCCACGUCUUUUUAUCUCUAAUUAGCGUGUUGUUCCAAAACUGCCAGUGAAGUUGUUUCUCCUGAAAGCGCUCUUUUCUUUCUUGCUGUAAUGAAGCAGCCUCACAACUUUUAACAUUACAUCUCAGAACCUCUUCCUUGUUCACUGCCUACAACAGGGAGCCGUUACAACUCUCAACACACCUGCUAAGUCUAUUGAUCUCACUAUUUACAGAGUCCUCAACACUCAUAAAUCCUUAACCACCCUCUGAUCUUUUAAAGUAAAGCUUGUCAAUAUCAGCCUGCGGAUGCAAAGCAUGAUGUAGAGUCGUCGUCAUCAUCAUCACUAUUAUCAAAAUUAUUAUCAUUAUUAUUAUUUUUUCACAGCACACCCAGCGAUCCUCGUCCUGCAACCGAUUCUUUCCUAGACUACGUGUAUUUUCAUUGGUCAAACCAUCCCUACAUUCGCGGUGGAUACACAUCCCCUACUGUGAGUGCGUACGAUCUUCGUCACGUGAUUGCCACUCCUGUUGAAGAUCGCUUGUUUUUUGCGGGUGAAGCUACAAGUCUUCGAUCGUGCUCAACUGUACCAACUGCGAUAGAAACUGGAAUCCGCGAGGCCGAUCAAGUGUGUCUCGCAGCUGGAAAGAGUCUUUGUUCUAAACUUUAA